AAAAAAGAAGGUCGGACGUAUCAUUCCUCCCGAUUACCCUCUCACCCCCCGGAGAUCAACACUGGUAAACCCCGCGAGCCCGAGGGGCUCACAAACCCUGGGCUCUUUUUGUUCCUUGGACUAGACGCGGAGCGUAUACGCGGCAAUGUCGUUCCGGAGGUUGAAAGGUAAGGCUAGACAAGGUUUGCAUAAGUACCCACGGUGCUGGCUUUCCCCCUAGGAGAUGGCAACAGGAUGUCACAAAGCCAGCGGUGAUAUCUACUUGCUAUAGCAUAGAAGAACGGAACUUCUACCUCUACUUCUUUCAAAUCUCAUCGAAACAAUAUCCGAGCACAGACACACAUAGAAACGCCCAGCAUGAACUCUCACGUCGCUGGCGUGUUAUACUCCCCAGCGUCUCUUCACAUUCGUGAUUUGGGAGCGGCUGAGAUAGUUCGCCGGAUUGGACUUUUCUCUGCCUACUCCAUCUCUUUGCUCCUUGUGUUUUUCACGAUCCGCUCCGUCUACAAUAUUUGGUUCCACCCCUUGUCAAAAUACCCAGGGCCAUGGUACGCAGCAACCACAAACCUCGUGUACUACAUCGGCGACAUGUCUGGCCGCCGAGAGCACUGGAUCCUCAAGCAGCAUGAAAAGUACGGCGAGAUCGUCCGCACCGGCCCGACGCGCCUGAGCUUCUCGGCGGCGUCGGCCUGGAAGGACAUUGCCGGCCACCGCUCGGGCGGCAAGCUCGAGAUGCUCAAGGACCCGUGGAUGUACGACUCGGGCAAGGCCUUUGGCGCCGACGGCGUCUCCAUGAUCGGCAACGUCGACUCGGAGACGCACGGCAAGAUGCGCAAGAUCUUCACAAACGCCUUUUCGGACCGCGCCCUCCGCGAGCAGGAGCCCCUGCUGCUCAAGUACGUCGACAAGCUCGUCGCACGCAUCCAGUCCGAACUGUCCGAGGACCCGGACCGGCCGCUCGACGCCGUGCAGCUCUACAACUGCACCACGUUCGACAUCAUGGCCGACCUGACCUUUGGCGAGUCGCUCGGCAUGUUGGACAACGGCAAGUACACCCCCUGGGUGGCCAAGAUCUUCGACUCCAUCAGGUACGGGGCCGUCUUCGCCAUCGCCGGCCGCUACGUCUGGCUCCGGAACUUUGUGAGAGCAAACCUGCCUGCGGCGAUGCGGAAAGCUGUCGACGAGCACAGGGGAUACGUCAACGAACGUGUGGAGCGCCGCAUGACCAAGGGCGCCGACCAGCCCGACAUUUGGAACCUGGUGCUGCGCAAGCCCGAGAACCUCAAGCUGCUGGACCGAGGCAGCAUGAACGAGCACGCCAACCUGUUCAUGGUUGCCGGGACCGAGACCACGGCCACUCUUCUCAGCGGCUUGACCUACUACCUGCUUAAGAACCCCGCCACGUACGAAAAGGUCGUUGCCGAGGUUCGAACUCUCCCCGAAGAUGGACUGAACAUCGACACCCUACGCCAGCUGCCAUAUAUGCAUGCCUGCUUCGAGGAGGCCCUGAGGAUGUUCCCACCAGUUCCCAUGGGUCUGCCACGCGUCGUGCCAGUCGGUGGCGCCGCAGUGGCGGGUAAAUUUGUUCCCGAAGGUACACGCGUCUCAGUACACCAACUGGCAACUUAUAGGAACGAGAACAACUUCAAGAAUGCGUGGAACUUUGUUCCCGAGCGGUGGCUGCCCGAGCACGCCGACGUCUACGGCGGCGACCGCAAGGAGGCGCUACAGCCCUUCUCAACCGGCCCGCGCAACUGCAUGGGCAAGAACUUGGCCUACCACGAGAUGCGUCUCAUUUUUGCCAAGGUUGUUUGGAACUUUGAUCUUGAGCUCACUCCAGAGAGCGAAGGCUGGACCAACCAGAAGAUCUUUGUGCUUUGGGAGAAGCAUCCACUCAUGGUCAAAAUGAAGCCGAGGAAGUUUUGAUUUUUGACAAAGGGGGGGUUAGAUUCGUUUUUUUUUUCUUGGCCAGUUGUUGAUUUCCAAUCUGUUUGCUUAUAGCUUGUAUUAUUUGGGCGAUCUCUGACCUUUUCAAUCAAGUUAUGGGUCUCGACCGAGACCUGCAUUGUGCAUUACCAACCUGGGAAUGUCGGCAAAAUCUCGCAACAAACCCCUCUUAUACCAUAAGCUUGAUAUCACUUAGUACCACUUUCUGCAUGUGCAUCCUCGCUUGAACGUCAUUGAACUAUGUCUUACGUACGUCCUGGCUCCUCCCGGCUAUCUCCACCGAUCAAGGCAGGCCAACCAUUUGCAUUGUUGCCCAGUCCAGAUUGGACUUCCAGCAGAACAAAAUGCAUGCCAAGUAUCUUCCCCUCUCGGUAUCAAUAAUAUCACGCCCUCGCAGACGGGGAUGCAACCCCACAUCUACGCAAUGCGAGAUACUUGGCAGCAUAGUCCUCUGCCCUGUCGUUAUCUCCCACGGCCCGCAUCACCGCCGCCUGCUUUGCACGCAUUUCGCACUGCUUCUCAAGGUCCUCAAUCGCAGCAAAGUGACCGUACGCGCUUUCAAACGCCUCGGUGGCCUGCGUCAUGUACUCCAUCAUGCGCUGCGCUGCGGUUGGUGGGGUAUUGCCAUCUUUGCUCUGGAUUGCUGCGGCGGCCACUGCCGCCGAUAAUAAUGAUAUCGGGGCGGGCGUGGUGUCAUCCAUUCCCAUAGGUAUAUCUGAUGUCCUCUUGAGCGCCCGGGGCGUUAGACUGUUCAUGACCAUGAGUGCUUCCUCAGACAGCCUACCGGCAAGCCCCAUGUUGGCGUCACCGAGAACUGAGUAUAGAAUCCCGGCCAUGAAGGAAGCGUCACACUCGAGCGCCCGUGGUAUCACUUGGUGCAGCAGCCUUGCGGCCUCGGCAAACUCGCCCAGCGCAACCAGUAUAUUUGAAAGCGU